UCAGCCCAUAGACCAUAGCUGCUCUCGGCCCAGUGCCCCCAACCCCGCUGCACGGUGGCACGCCUUGGCUCUCCUCGCCGCCGCCGGAGCGCAUCCGCCGGUGCGUUGCUCUAAUUCCGCCCCGCCCGCCGUCUUCACCGCGGCAACUCGACCCCCCUCAGUAGAGUAGGCUGCCAUAAAGAGAUGGAUUCCAAGAAGGUGUUCGUUGUUACUAGUCUAACCGACGAUCUUGUGGUCGAAAUCCUCUCCCGGGUGCCGUUCAAAUCUUUUUGCCGCUUCAAAUGUGUCUGCAAGGCUUGGCUUGCCUUCUCCUCUGAUCCACACUACCAACAGAAGCUGCUGAAAGUUCCCACUGGUCUUUUGCACAAACCACAGUGGAUCUCUGAUCUCCAGCUUCUUAGCCUCCCUGGGAAAGACGAGGAAAUUGAUGCAGCUCUUACGUUCGUGCCGCACUACAAGCGCUUAGAGCUUGUAGACUGUUGCAGUGGCCUGAUUCUUUGCCGCUACAAGAGCUUCUAUACUUCUCUAGAGAUGGGCCGCUUCAUUGUCUGCAACCCGGCAACACGAGCGUGGAGGACAGUCCGUGCUCCUGAAUCUCACCCUCACCCACUUGAGUCAGAUGGCUCCCACUGUAGAACCUUUUUGGCCUUCGAUCCGUCAUGGUCGGCACACUUCUAUAUCAUCAACAUUCAAGAGAAUGCCGACGGUUGGGCAUUCAAACUUUACGUGUUCUCUUCUGAACUAUCCACGUGGCUUGUGGAUGGUACAUGGAGUUUUAAUCCUAGGAGACUUAAUAAUAAACCACACAAUUUUAUUGGUGGAGUGUUGCAUGUGCAGACCAUUAUUCGUGAUAUUCUUGUGGUUGAAGGCUUGGAGGCAAUAAGUUAUGGCAUGCGGCCCAAUCAUUAUACUAUUAAGCUUCCAAAUGACUGUUGGGAUGGUUGCUUUGGCCAAUCAGCGGGGUUCUUGCAUUACGCGUCUCCAGAGGAUGGUGGUCGUACAGUUGCAGUUUUCAGUGUUGAUGCGCAUCGUCCUUGCAAGUGGUCACUGAAGCAUCGACUUUGUAUGCGAGAUGCAUUUGGGAGAGACAUCUUUUCUUGCAGAGAAGGGUAUUUGUGUGACUUCCGGAUCGUCGCAAUUGACUUGGAGCGAGAUGUUAUCUUCCUUUUCGAUAUGGAGGCACGGAAGCUUUUGUCAUACAACAUCAACACUGGGAAAGUUAGUGUGAUCAAAGAUGUCUGGCUCUACUGGUUUGGGGACUUUUAUUCUUAUGUGGCAUGUUACUCAAAGCUCGCUGGCUGAUGAGCCAUGUAUCCGAAGUAGUUAGUAGUAGCAUCUCUUGUAUGCAUUUUGUCUACUGCAUCUUCACUUCUCAUUCAGAGGCUGCAUCCUCUGUUUCUCCUCUGUCAGACCUAUGCAGUACACUUUUAAGUAUUCAUGUUCCAGUUGUGACACCCAUGUCCCAAGUUUUGAGUUUGAUUUCCGCCGUAAAGAAUUGUGUUGGUAA